GGUGCGGGGGACGCCCUUGCAAGACGCCAGCGGCAGCGAGCAGCCUGCGCAACCCCUCUCAUCCACCGUCCACCACGUCGACGUCAGCAAAAUGGGCUACAGGCAAGCCGCUGUGCUCACUUCCGUCUCCUUCUUUCUCGGGGUGCUCUUUAUUUGCCUGAACGUCGACUACCGGAUCCUGUUCACGCCGCUCACGGAGUCUGUCGUGCGCGAUGGACUAGAAUUCUACACCAUGUUCUACAACUCCCCGCCCGCUAUCAAGGGAUUGUUGCAUUCUAUAGUGGGUGUGGGACUGGUUGGCCUUCUGGGCAAGCUGCACAAGUGGGACGAUAGCGCGAUGUUCUUCGACGGCUCUUCUCUCGCUGCGUACAUCUUCAGCUUGGCAGUCUACAUGACCGUCGGCAUCCCUGCGUGCCGCACCGUCGCAGACCCCAUUCCCGACGUCGACUCGCAGGAGGACCAGGUGGAGGCGCUGCGCGUCCUCUCUGCGGGGAACACCAUUAUUAUCGUGCUCCUCGGCGCGGUCCUCGCUCUUCAGGCGGGAGAGCAGUAUGCCAGGCGGGUCGAGGAGAACCUCGUCCAGCAGGCAACCGAGCAGGAGAAGGCGAAGCCCGCAGCAGCCGCAGAGACGGAGACCAAGAAGGACAAGUGAUGGCCUGGUCAAGAAUUUCACGAGUUGUCACGUCGUUACCGCUGCCGUUGCUUGGUACUGCAGGUCAUCCCCCUUGUUCCUGGACGUGCGUAUCGGAAGGCCGUCGUCUGUCUGGC